UAUCCAGUCAGUCCGUAUGUCUCACUCGCAAUGUACAUAUCGGAUACGAAUCGAAUAAUCGUAUUUAUUUAAUUGAUUACGUUUUAAUCGAUAUUUAAUUCUUAUCUUAAUACAAAGGUCAGUUGUGUGUGAGUUUGUAUGGAAAGUCAGCUGUGUGUGUGUUUUUUUUUUUAAUUUGUGUUAUAGUUAAAUGUUCGUUUGAGUGUGAAUUGUUUGUAAACAACUUGAGAGUUAACCAUGGCGGCCAGAAACCUUUUAUCAAAAACCGCUCAAAGGUUAUUAACAACCAGAAAUAUUUCCUUGAGUAUCAAGAAACAUGCUAGUCUUUGGACAUCUGAUAACAUAGUAAAAUCACCACACAAAGGCAUUGAGAUACCAAAUAGGACAGUCCCCGAACAUAUUUUCGAGAACAUGGAAAUAUGGGCUGAUAAAAUUGCGAUGGAAUGUGGCUUAACAGGGAGAUCGUACACCUACCACCAACUAUACAAAUAUUCUCGAAAUUUCGGCUCAAAGUUACGCACGCAGUUGAAGAUAAGGGAUGGAGAUGUCGUAUGUAUCAUGAUGUCCAACUCUCCGGAGUAUCCUAUAGCAGCGUUAGGGGCUUUGGAAGCUGGAGCAGAGGUCACAACUGUCAACCCUAUGUAUACUGCAUACGAAGUGCAACGCCAACUAAUACAAUCAGAUCCUAAAGUACUAAUCGGCAUACCAGAAUUAGUUCCUAUCCUCAAAGAAGCAUUGUCAUUGGCUAAGAAAGACAUACCAAUCAUUUGCUUAAAAGACGGUAGCAACCCACUACCAGCUAACACGAUCUCAUUCCAAGAGUUCGCUUUAGCUGACAAUGUUGACCACAGUGUACUGAAGGAAGUUUCCAGAACACCUGAUGAUGUAUCAUUUUUACCGUACUCUAGUGGAACUACGGGUCUACCAAAAGGAGUGGAGUUAACACAUAGAAAUAUCGUUGUGAAUUGUAUACAGCAGGACGUUGAUAGUAUUCGACAUUAUGAUAUCACAACCAAAACCAGUCAAGAUUCUACAUUUGGAGUGUUACCAUUCUACCACCUUUAUGGUUUAGCUGUGAUUAUGAUACAUAAACUGUCAUUGGGAUUUAAGAUAGUUACUCUGCCAAAGUUUCAACCAAACUCUUUCGUUGAGUCGAUGAAACAACACAGGAUAAACUUGCUAUAUGCUGCACCACCUUUAGUGCUAUUCCUGGGUUCAUAUGCUGGAGUAACAGAAGAGCAUCUAUCAUCACUAAAAACUAUUGUAUGUGGGGCUGCACCACUACCUAGAAAUGACGUCAUGAAAGUACUGAAUAAAGCUAAGCAUAAAAUAGAUUUUCUACAACUUUACGGCUUGACGGAGAUAUCGCCGUUGGCAACAUUAACGUUACCGGGUUCUGACCAUUAUUCCAAAGCCGGUUUUGCUUUACCAACUACGGAGCUAAGAAUUGUAGAUUCUGAAAAUAAGCCAUUGGGACCUAAUGAGAAAGGUGAACUAUUAAUUCGUGGUCCCCAAGUGAUGAAAGGUUACAGAAACAACAUAGAAGCUACAAAAGCCGUUAUUGCUGAUGACGGUUGGUUCAGAUCUGGUGAUCUUGCAAGUAUCGAUGAAACUGGAGAAAUAACUAUUGCUGACCGACUCAAAGAACUGAUUAAGGUAAAAGGCUAUCAAGUACCUCCAGCAGAAUUAGAAAACGUACUAAAAGAACAUCCAGAUAUUCUAGACGUAGCUGUAGUUGGGGCUCCAGAUGCAAAAACCGGAGAGGUUCCUAGAGCAUUCGUAGUACUGAAAGAAGGAAGUAAACCUAACGCUGAUAGUAUAACUGCAUUUGUUAAAGAAAGAGUAGCAGAGUACAAACGAGUUAAAGAUGUUACGUUUUUGGAUGAACUACCAAAGAAUCCUUCGGGAAAGAUUUUGAGAAGAGUGUUGAAGGAAAAGUAUUGUUAAGUUUAUAAGCCUGUAUGAAAGUUAUAUAUGACAAAAAUAAUAUUGCAUUUAAAAGAAAGCAACUGAUUACUUGAGAGCCAAAUCUGAUCGGCAAAUGGUUCGUUGAUGCUAAGAUUUUACUUUAAGAAAAUCCUUACAUAUUAUACCGUGUAAAUAAUACCAAAAUAUUAUAGACAUUAUAAAGGCGUUAUAAUAAGAAAUAAAAAUAUUAUUUUUAUAUUUCA